CCCCACAUAUGCCCCCCGCCCCCAAAGAUGACAUCAGCCCAUCAGCGUGGACGUCUGGAAGGCUUUGGCGAGGUCGAGAACCAAACCCUGCGCUCAUACGCUUUCUCCAAGCGCACUCGGCUGCGUGUUGUCCGCCGGUGGCCGAGCUAGCUCCACGCUGACGCCGCCAUCUUUGCGGAGGUGGCGGGCCUCAGGCGAGCCGGUCGGAGCUUUGCGGAUGGCGGCCCAGCAGAAGUGCAGCACGCCGGGGGAGAGGAGGAUGAACACCCACGGGUCCACGAUGGAGUUGACGGAGAUGAAGCGGAGGGCGAUCAGGUCCAGCUGGUGCGAUUCCUUGCGUGCUCCCGCCGAGUUGAUGUACACGCGGACCUGGAAGCCGACCACAGCGGGGUCAAGAUGGAGAACACGACAUCCUGAAGCCAAGUCGGAGAUGACAAAGCUUCACCGCAUCAAGACAUGAGAGGACCUGAUGGACCCGGACCGCUGGCAGGCGGCCUGGCAGGGAGGGGGUGACGUCAUUAUGAGUACAAGCGGCCGUGUUGCUUGGAGCUGGAUGACUUCUUCCUCCUCCUAGUCCUCCUGGAGUUCUUCUUCCGCAGCGAUGUUGCCCGUGUACCUGGUGAGCCUGUGCUGCGGCGUGGCCGCGGCCUUGCGGGGGGCCCGCAUGUUCCCCUACGGCGUCCCCGCUGGAGAUUCCCUGCUGGAGGAGGGGGACGAUGAAACCUCCAAAGUCUUAUCUCUGCCCAAAGCCUUCUACUUCUACGAUACCCCCUUCUCACACCUCUAUGUGGCCACCAACGGAAUCAUCUCAGCCCAGGACUUGCCCAUGGAGAAGCAGUACGUGGACGACGGCUUCCCCACCGACUUCCCGGUGGUGGCGCCCUUCCUGGCCGACAUGGACACCAGCGGGGGACGGGGGCAGAUUUACUACCGGGUCACUGAGACACCCGGCGUCCUCAACAGGGUGGCGCAGGAAGUCCAACGGGGGUUCCCGGAUGCCAAAUUCACGCCCAGCUACGCUGUGGUCGCCACGUGGGAAAACGUGGCCGCCUACGAGGAGCCCGCUCGCAUCAACGAAGGCGCUUCAAACAAGGUCAACACCUUCCAGGCCGUGAUAGGAUACGACGAAACCGACUCGUACGUUCUCUUCCUGUACCCCGAGGGUGGCCUGAACUUCUUUGGGACCAGACCCAAGGAGUCGUAUAACGUGGAGAUAGAGCUUCCCGCUCGAGUCGGAUUCAGCAGGGGUGAAGUCACGUAUCUGAUUUUUUCCCGAACGGAGGGACCGUACUACAGCGUGACCAGCAACGAGCAGAGUAUCAAACACCUCCACCAGGUUGGCAACACAGGAACUCCGGGCGUUUGGCUCUUCCACACUGGGAACCGCUAUUCUUUUGACAACAUUGUCCCCGCGUCCGUUGGAGGUCUACUUGCUACGCCUCCACCAAGACAACAUGGCCUCCCUCUGGACACCACCACGCCGGAGUACGGAGACUUUGAAGACUACACAGACAACGGUAACUUUGACCCUGCCCACGAAGAAGAAGAGGAGGGCGAUUACCCCCUGACGAGUGAAGAUCUGGAAUUCCAGCCGGUGGUGGUGAGCGAACCCCUGCAGCCCAGAAGCUCUGACCUCCCGUCAUCGCCGUCGGAGGACUCGGCUCAUCCCGUGUCACACGGGAGCCAAGACUUGCCUUUGACCUCUGAACCCAGACACGCCUCCGAGGCGGUGGAGCGCCAGUAUGCUCCUCCCCCGCCUCCUCCUGGUCAAGACGCCAUCCCGGAUGGAGGGGAUCCGCGCUCCAAGCCGCCACGACCACAGGUUCCUGUGGACCUGUACCCCCCUCACAGAAAUGAGCCCCCCCUGUCCCCUGGAGGCCAUAUUGUCAGUGUGGAGGAAGACGACAUUGAUUUUGACACAGGAGUGAUCCAGUACACCACAGAGAAUAAGGAGACCUGUGCCAGGUUCCAGCAUCAGUGUUCCCGCAACGCCUUUUGCACCGACUACGCCACAGGCUUCUGCUGCCACUGUCGUCACGGUUUCUACGGAAACGGCCGCCACUGCCUGCCCGAGGCGGCCCCCCAGCGCGUCAGCGGCACGCUCAGCGGGACGGUGAUCGUGGGCAUGACCCCCGUGGAGCUGAACAAAAUCGAUCUUCACGCGUACGUCGUGGUGGGAGACGGGAGGGCGUACACAGCCGUCAGCGAGAUCCCUGAACCGGUGGGCUGGGCCUUGAUGCCGGUCGCACCAAUCGGAGAGCUCUUUGGGUGGCUGUUUGCUCUGGAGCUGCCCAAUAGCCAAGCAGGCUUCAAAACCACCGGAGCUGAGUUCACGCGUCACGUGGAGCUGGUCUUUUACCCGGGAAAUCAGCACCUGUCAAUCACUCAAACGGGACGAGGCCUCGACGACCACAACCACCUCACCGUGGACACGGUGCUCAACGGCAGCGUGCCCUUCAUACCGCCCGGCGCUGAAGUGACCAUGAACCCCUUCAAGGAGACCUACCAGUACUACCCGUCGGUUGCCACCUCCACGUCUGUGAGGGAGUUCAACGUGGUCUCCCCGGACAGAGGAUCCGAAUCCUUCUCCUUCCAGAUGAAGCAAAACAUCACAUACCGCGACUGUCGCCAUGGCAGCCGGGCCCCCCCGGUGGAGACCUUGCAGAUCACCAUGGAGAGAGUGUUUGUCAUGUACGUGAAGGAGGAGCGCAUCCUGAGAUACGCCAUCACCAACAAGAUCAGCCCGGUCGGAGCGGGGCCGCCGGGGCCGGAGGUGCUGCACCCCUGCUACGAUGGAAGCCACGACUGCGACACCAGCGCUCAGUGUGUCCCGCUGGAGGGGCAGGACUUCCAAUGCCGCUGCGCCACCGGUUACACGGGGGACGGACGCAACUGCAACGAUGUGGAUGAGUGCGCCGAGGGCUCGGCGGCGUGCGGCGCUCACUCCCAGUGCGUCAACCUCCCCGGCAGCCAUCGCUGCCAGUGUCAGCGCGGCUACGAGUUCGGCUUUGACGGACGCACGUGUGUGGACGUGGACGAGUGCGGCUCGUCGCCGUGCCACAGCAACGCCAGAUGCACCAACAGCUUGGGUUCUUUCUCCUGCCGCUGCCAGCCGGGAUUUGACGGAGACGGUUCGCUGUGCUCCCGGCAGGAAGAGAACGCAACUUCUGAACGUCCUAAAAGCCAUUGUGAGCAUCACAGGGACAGUGUCCAGACCACCAGUCCAGAAGGUUAUCCUAUACUGGGAGCUUUUGUACCUCAGUGUGAUGCUGACGGACAAUACACACCUCAACAGUGUCACGGCUCCAGUGGACAUUGUUGGUGUGUGGACGGUCAAGGACAGGAGAGACCAGGAACCAGAACUCCUCCUGGUGUUUCUCGUGUGGACUGUGACAGACACGGAGAACGUCCCAAAAGCCAGUGUGAGCAUCACAGGGACAGCGUGCAGACCAGCGGUCCAGAAGGUGAUCCUCUCGUGGGAGCUUUUGUCCCUGAGUGUGAUGCAGAUGGACAAUACACACCACAACAGUGCCAUGGUUCUACUGGAUAUUGUUGGUGUGUAGACCAUAGAGGGCAGGAGAGAGAGGGAACCAGGACUCCACCCGGAACGACACCCAGAAACUGUGACAAAGCGGAUGGAUCCCGACCCAAAGGCCAGUGUGAGCACCAUCGAGACCGUGCGCAGACUUCCGCUUCUCAGGGCCCCCUCGGCGUGGGAGGCUAUGUUCCUCAGUGCGAUGCCGACGGGCAGUACACACCACUGCAGUGUCACGGUUCCACUGGGCAUUGCUGGUGCGUGAACAUCCAAGGCCAAGAAAGACCAGGAACCAGGACCGGACCCGGUGCACCACCCACAGACUGUGACAAAGCAGAGGAACGAGAAGGUCCUAAAAGUGACUGUGAGCGUCACAGAGACAGAGUCCAGACCAGCAGCCCAGAAGGUUAUCCUAUACUGGGAGCGUUUGUACCCCAGUGUGACGCUGAUGGACAAUACACACCUCAACAGUGUCAUGGAUCAAGUGGGCAUUGCUGGUGUGUGGACAGUCAAGGACAAGAAAGACCAGGAACCAGAACACAAGCUGGAACAACACCCAUGGACUGUGCUAGAUCAGAUGAACGUCCUAAAAGCCAUUGUGAGCAUCACAGGGACAGUGUCCAGACCACCAGUCCAGAAGGUUAUCCUAUACUGGGAGCUUUUGUACCUCAGUGUGAUGCUAAUGGACAAUACACACCUCAACAGUGUCAUGGUUCCAGUGGACAUUGUUGGUGUGUGGACAGUCAAGGGCAGGAAAGACCAGGAACCAGAACUCCUCCUGGUACAACACCAACAGACUGUGAUAAACCAGAAGGUCCCAAAAGCCAUUGUGAGCAUCACAGGGACAGUGUCCAGACCACCAGUCCAGAAGGUUAUCCUAUAGUAGGAGCUUUUGUACCUCAGUGUGAUGCUAAUGGUCAAUACACACCUCAACAGUGUCAUGGUUCCAGUGGACAUUGUUGGUGUGUGGACAGUCAAGGCCAAGAAAGACCAGGAACCAGAACUCCUCCUGGUACAACACCAACAGACUGUGAUAAACCAGAAGGUCCUAAAAGUCACUGUGAGCAUCACAGGGACAGUGUCCAGACCACCAGUCCAGAAGGUUAUCCUAUAGUAGGAGCUUUUGUACCUCAGUGUGAUGCUAAUGGACAAUACACACCUCAACAGUGUCAUGGUUCCAGUGGACAUUGUUGGUGUGUGGACAAUCAAGGCCAAGAAAGACCAGGAACCAGAACCCCUCCUGGUGCAACACCAACAGACUGUGAUAAACCAGAAGGUCCUAAAAGCCAUUGUGAGCAUCACAGGGACAGUGUCCAGACCACCAGUCCAGAAGGUUAUCCUAUAGUAGGAGCUUUUGUACCUCAGUGUGAUGCUAAUGGACAAUACACACCUCAACAGUGUCAUGGUUCCAGUGGACAUUGUUGGUGUGUGGACAGUCAAGGCCAAGAAAGACCAGGAACCAGAACUCCUCCUGGUACAACACCAACAGACUGUGAUAAAUCAGAUGAACGUCCUAAAAGCCAUUGUGAGCGUCACAGGGACCGUGUCCAGACCACCAGUCCAGAAGGUUAUCCUAUAGUAGGAGCUUUUGUACCUCAGUGUGAUGCUAAUGGACAAUACACACCUCAACAGUGUCAUGGUUCCAGUGGACAUUGUUGGUGUGUGGACAGUCAAGGACAGGAAAGACCAGGAACCAGAACUCCUCCUGGUACAACACCAACAGACUGUGAUAAACCAGAAGGUCCUAAAAGCCAUUGUGAGCAUCACAGGGACAGUGUCCAGACCACCAGUCCAGAAGGUUAUCCUAUACUGGGAGCUUUUGUACCUCAGUGUGAUGCUAAUGGACAAUACACACCUCAACAGUGUCAUGGUUCCAGUGGACAUUGUUGGUGUGUGGACAAUCAAGGCCAGGAAAGACCAGGAACCAGAACUCCUCCUGGUACAACACCAACAGACUGUGAUAAACCAGAAGGUCCUAAAAGCCAUUGUGAGCAUCACAGGGACAGUGUCCAGACCACCAGUCCAGAAGGUUAUCCUAUAGUAGGAGCUUUUGUACCUCAGUGUGAUGCUAAUGGACAAUACACGCCUCAACAGUGUCAUGGUUCCAGUGGACAUUGUUGGUGUGUGGACAGUCAAGGCCAGGAAAGACCAGGAACCAGAACUCCUCCUGGUACAACACCAACAGACUGUGAUAAACCAGAAGGUCCUAAAAGCCAUUGUGAGCAUCACAGGGACAGUGUCCAGACCACCAGUCCAGAAGGUUAUCCUAUAGUAGGAGCUUUUGUACCUCAGUGUGAUGCUAAUGGACAAUACACACCUCAACAGUGUCAUGGUUCCAGUGGACAUUGUUGGUGUGUGGACAGUCAAGGCCAAGAAAGACCAGGAACCAGAACUCCUCCUGGUGCAACACCAACAGACUGUGAUAAACCAGGUGAGCUGAAGCUAAAUCUUUGUAUACUUGGUCAUAUUGUCAGGUCAUGUAUAACUGUGAAAUGUACUUGACAGAAGGUCCUAAAAGCCAUUGUGAGCAUCACAGGGACAGUGUCCAGACCACCAGUCCAGAAGGUUAUCCUAUAGUAGGAGCUUUUGUACCUCAGUGUGAUGCUAAUGGACAAUACACACCUCAACAGUGUCAUGGUUCCAGUGGACAUUGUUGGUGUG